GAAUUUGAAAUGUCAGAGGAAAGCAUCUGGAUGGACUUCGGCAGCUGAAAAACACUUGGCUGUCUGAGAUGAUUAAACAUAUCUUCUGGACUGAAUUUAUUCUGAAAUGGUCGCCCAACGUAGAGCGAACGCAAAAGUUAAUGGAGCAGCUGCGAUAGAGAAAAAAAUUAAAAGGGGAAAUGCUCAAAGACAAGCCUCUUCGCGGAAGAGGACGGUGGGCAUCUUGCUGUUGUGUGCGGUGGUAACUGCCUGUGCUGUGCUGGGAUGGUCGUACUUUGUCGCCAAUGAUGGGGACAUCACAGAGACACUGGUGUCACGCAGGGACCUAUUGGAACAGCCAAGGGUCUUCCCAGUGCCAUGCUCGGAGGACUAUGACAACUACCAACGCUUCCCAGGUUGCACACCUCAGUCUUGUGGAAGAGCAGUCACAGACACUGUGGUCACCAGAGAAGAAGCAUCAACUCUCAGGCUGUUAGCUGAAAGAGGACUCUCUCUGGGUGGAUCUGAGGGAGGGGCCUCUAUCCUAGACCUGCACUCAGGAGCACUGUCCAUGGGGAAGCAGUUCGUGAACAUCUACAAGUACUCUGGAGAGCAAAUCAAAGAUGUUUUCUCCAAGGAGGAUUUUGACCUCUACAGAGACGUGCGUGGCCGCAUCCAGGGCAUGAUAGCGGAGACGUUUGGUCUGGACCCCGCGCGUCUGUACCUGACCAAGCCCACCUUCUUCUCACGCAUCAACAGCACGGAGGCCAAGACCGCUCACGACGAGUACUGGCACCCCCACAUCGAUAAGGUGACGUAUGGGUCGUUUGAUUACACCUCGCUCUUGUACCUGUCUGACUUCGGCACAGACUUUGGUGGAGGGCGGUUCAUCUUCAUGGAUGCCACUGGGAACCGAACGGUCGAACCAAGAGCAGGAAGAGUGUCUUUCUUCUCCUCUGGCUCUGAGAAUCUGCACCGCGUGGAGAAGGUGAUGUGGGGAACGCGCUACGCCAUCACCGUGUCCUUCACCUGUGACCCCCAACACGCCAUCGACAACCCCACUCUACCAUAGAAGCCCGUUGACCGCCCCACUCUACCAUAGGCAACCCCUGCCCUCCCAAUCCCCAGUCCUUCACCUCUGACCCCCAACACACAAUCGACAUCCCCAUCUGCCAUACACAACCCUACUCUACCAUAGGCUACGUUUACAUGAGACAUUUCAUUCAGAGUUUACGCCAUUUAGUUCCAAAUAAGGCUUAAUUCCGCUUUAAAAAAAAACAUAAUGUAAACACCUCUUAAUUCGGAAUUAAAGGAAAGACCAAAGUAAGCUCGACUGAACGAUUUAAUUCUGAAUUAUUAAGGAGGAAUGAAAAACAUCAUGUAAACGUAGUGAUAGGCUGCCAUACAGAACUCCACUAUGUCAUAGGGGUACCUAUCACAACCCCAUUCUACCAUGGGGUGCCUAGUGACAACCCCUCUCCACCAUAAGCAACCCCAGCUCUCCCAACAGCUUGUCCUUCACCUGUGACCCCCAAAAUGCCAUCGACAUCCCCACUCUGCCAUAGAGUGCCAUACACAACCUCACUCGGCCACAGGUAGUCUAUUCUCAACAUGCCAUUGAAAAACCCACUUUUUUUUUUACAUGUUUCCACUUAGCCCCUGCUCACGUACCCCUGGUUGGAAAACAGUGGUAUAGACACCCCUACUCCACCACAGGAUGCAACUCAACGCACCUCAACUCAUUACGACACACCAAUGACAACCACACUCUGCCACAGAAGGGCAUGCACUCGACUAGCUUUAACCUUAAAAACUCACGCACUAAAUGAUUUGGUAGUCAGGUCAGGGGUGCUGCUUCAGUUUUCUUGGCUUAAGCAGACUCUUUGGAGUCAAAACUAGAGUAAAAAACUAGACUACCGGUAUGUCAAGACUAUAUGAGUGCUGCUGUGUCAGUCUUCCAACCUCUGCAGCUCUUUGGGAACUCUUUGCAUUUAACACCACAGUGUUACAGUAUAAUAAUCUUAAUUCCCAACACGCCAUUGGCAAGCCCUACUCUGCCAUAGGGCGCCUUGCAAUUGCAGUACUUUAAUACACCUGAGAGAAGAUGUGUUGCUGUAACGUGGUGUUUGUAGCUAAUAAUUGACCAAAGAGCACCAUUAAAGAAACCGUCCAUUACUUUACCCACUGUUUGACAGAGGGACCAUUGUUUUUCCCAGUGAAAAAACGACUAAUCCCAAGAAAGAAUACCACUCCGAAAUGUUUCAUGCCACCAUGUUGCCCCCUUGUUAUGUCUCAAUAAUAUGUAUCAUAAUGGGCACUGUACUGUAAAGAUUCAGUAUCCCAAAUGUUACUACAACUUAUGAAGCAAUGCCAUAAUGACAAUGAAACGAUGACAAUACUAAUAACAAUAACAAUGUUUGCAAUGAAAAGCACUGUAACAUUUACAGUUAAAACACGGAGCCCGUUUAUAUGCACAUCCAUAAACAGUUUAUAAUCAGGUUUUUAGAGUAAUCGGUUUAUUCAAGUGCUCGUAUAAACGGAAUAAACAGUUUAUAAUAAUCGGUUUAUUGCAGUUAUCGGUUUAUGAGAAAUCUGAUUCGCUCACGUAGGUUUUUGGCUAAUUAACUGGUUUUUCAAGACAUGUAUACACCGUAAAGAAGUUAUUACCGGGUUAUCAACAUUCUAGAAUUAUAAGAAGCCAAUCACAAGCCUUGAAUUACAGUUACAUGUCACACACUUGAGUGGAACACAUGCAACCGACGGACUGCAUGUAAUUCCAAUAACUCUAUUAUUGUGGUAAUGUAAAUGAGCUCACUGUUAUUACUGCAAAACUAUUAAUGUUAAUGUAUGAAUAGAAUGGAUUAUCUUUACACCAAUAAUGAAGGUGCAGGGUUGUGUAUACUGUAUUUGUGCCUUCACCAUGUGAGUGUUCAGAUGGCUUGUGAGAUGAAGGUGACUUCAUUCAUUUUUAAUGCAUAGAUCUGCAUUGUGAUUUACUUUAAUGCGUCUUAGCUGCUGUUGGAAGUUUAGGUUAAUUUUUGGCAUUCCAGUUACUUUCAUGGACUGGAAAAGAACUUCCUUUAUGAAUUUCCUUUAUUAGGAUUUUUUUCAAAUCAUCAUAAUUUUGUAUAUCUGUUUUGAAAAUGAAAUUCCAUCUUGAAUGAAUGAAUGAUUUUAUUUGACAUUCUCAGUUCUUGUAUUAAAUUAAAUACAUGAUUAAGUUUGAGACAAACACCACAUACUUAAAUUAAAAAUACAGAGCGUCAGGAUAACACAAUACAGCUGGAAAGCUUAUUUCCAUUGUGGUCCUCUGAUGUUAAAUGGCAGCAGAUGUUUAAAGUGUGAAGAGUGCUUAAAUGGCCCUAGAUUACAACGAUUUGGUCCAGAAUGUUCUAUGCCCUGAUGUUCCAUCAUGAAGUUAUUUUCUCUCCUGUGGAGAACCAAACCAACAGCUUUUAAAUUUCCAGGCUCUUCAUUACCAAUGUGAUUCCUUAUUGAUUUGUACAGUAUUGUGACAGAAUAA